AUGGUGAACUCUCCUCAACCGAGGAAAAACGAUGAACGUGUUGUCGACGGAGGCUCGACAGACCAACCGCGUGGUGGUUGGAAAGUUACACGUAGACGUUCGGGGUUGAAUGAAUCUCAGCCGAGUCAUUCAUCACAAAGCGUCAAACAUGCGCAUGAAGCUAACAAACAGAUGGGAGAUGAGCCAACACACGCUGAAGAUCUUGUAAACCGUGGAAAAACAGUUGUGACCGCGGGCAGCGAUGAUUUAGUUGAUGAUACAUCUGAAUUGAAGCGUGAUAAAAUUAUGGCGGCACAGGGUGCAAUCAAACGGAAGGUCUAUGAACUAAAACGAGCUGACGAAUGCAGUAAACGUGCAAAUCUAAGUAGUCUGCCUGAAAACAAUGAUUUCGUUGAUGUUGCACCUCAGCUGAAACGAUAUAAGAAUACGAUGACCCAAAAUGCUGCAACACUUGCGUUGGAAGCUACUGGUGCAGUACCGGUUAUCGGUAGCGAUGAUGGCGAUGUCCUUCCGAGCAUCAACACAAGAUCAUCAUCAGCCAUUUUCGUGAAGGCUGUGUCUGGUUUGACCGACGAUCAGAAAGAGGCAGUCCGUGAUAUGGGAUUCGGUCGUUUGUUGGAGUUGACAAUAACUACGACACCAGCAAAAAUGGGGUACUGGCUGGUUGAUAGCUUCAACCACAUGGAUCGGAAGUUGAAACUAUACGAUGGGGAGAAGAUUCAUGUGAAAGAAGAAGAUGUAUAUGCUGCACUAGGACUGCCCCGCGGAACGAUUGAGGUCACAAAUAAAAAUAAAAAAACAGAGUCGGAGUUGUUGAAGGAAUGGGUGAGGUUAUAUAAUGUCAGUAAGCCGACAAAGAUUACAGCCUCAAGAGUGUUAGACAUGAUUCAGAAUUGCCAUGGAAGUGAUGACUGGUUCAAACGCAAUUUUGUUGUCCUUAUGGUGACUUGCUUAUUCGAGAGCACUAGCAAUGGGAUGGCAAAUUUGCGUAUAAUACAUUUGCUCAGUGAUUUAUCGAAUAUAAUGAAUAUGAACUGGUGCUCCUACAUGAUCCGUUGUCUGGUGAGCUCGAAAAAAUCUUGGAAUGAUAAUCGGGGACGUAAGAACUUCACGGGGCCUCUUCUAUUUCUGACGUUGUUCUAUGUCGAUAAGGUGGUGUUGUCAAUCAGGAAUGUUGCAAGAAUAUUCCCGAUUUUUAAAGCAUGGAACAACGAAUUAUUGAAGGCUAGAGAACGAGAUGAGAUUGUAGCUGGAGCCUUCGGGCGAGGAUAUGUGGAUGCAGACUUAUGCGUGGAAGAUGCUUCCCACCGGGUAGAAAGAGAAUUUAACAUUCGUGACGACAACGACAUGAAUAGGACGUCAACAAUCAGCGUACAGCUUUUUUUCAAGGGUAAAAGAAAGAAGGAUAUAAGCUACAAGAAGUUUCAGGAUAUGUUCAAAGCAGAUUUUGAUUGGAUACGCCGUUAUAACAUCAAGCAAAUCGCAGUGUUCGUAUUUCCCGUGCAUUCUGGUAGUUUCAGCGGGUUGAUGUGCAUCGUUCCGGAGUCUCAAAACUUCUACGUGCUAGAUAGCGUGGGCGCGUGUAGAGAUGACGGUGUCAAGAAAACUGUCUUGGCACGUGCUGAGAUUUUGAGGCAAUGGGUUGCAAAGUAUCUGGAUCAUAUGAAUAUGGUGAAGUUUUCAAAAGCCGUCGCACUUUCAAUUCCGGAGGUUGUCAAUUUGGAUUGGACUGAGGGCGUUGAUGAUGUAGAUGUCGGUGUUGUGACAAUGCGUCUCAUGGAGACGUUCAAAGGACGCAUUACGAAAAAUUGGAACCAAGAUAUGAAGAAGGCCGACAAGGGGCAACUGGAGCUGAUGAGAAAGCGGUAUUGCUAUGUGAUAGCGGGUGCUGGAAACAAUGAUACGAAAGAUGACAAUCUCGCGGCAGCAAGGAAGUUUCAGGAUCUAUGCGGGGGGGUGAAGUCACGAGCUGAUUCGUGA